GAAAUAGCUUCCGGUUUUGGAUGAACCGGUCGCGGCUCGACCAGUCUACCGGCCGGUCGAAGCUAUCAAUAUGACAAUAUGUGCCCAAGUUCUCGUGUCUAUGGCAUGCACAGCAUGACAUGAUUCUCCUAAAACACGACACGAUGUCUCGUAAAAAACGGCGUGCAAUUGGAACAAGCUAACUCUCUUGCUCAGACGUGAGAAGUCAGAACUCUCGGGAGCAUUUUCCCGUUACGAAGCAUUUUCCCGAGAAACAAACAGAAACAUUUUAGAAGAUGAGGGCACUGUCGACGCAAUACUUCGGCAAUAUUAUCCUCGGCAAAGCUUCUCCAACCAUCAGCAGAAGAGUUUUUGCUGCGAAAUUAAGCUCAGAACGGUGUGUACCGAUGUGCACUGAAGAUCCAGAGAUGAAGGAUUUGAUCGAGUAUCUGGAUUCUCUGAAGAACUAUGAGAAAUCGGGUGUGCCCAAGGGAGCGGGGACGGAUUCCUACGACGGGUUCGAUCUAGGUCGAAUGAAGCGCCUCAUGCAUCGCCUCGGUAAUCCUCAGUCGAAUUACAAGACCGUUCAUGUUGCCGGGACAAAGGGAAAAGGGUCCACUGCUGCUUUUAUCUCCAAUAUAUUACGGUCAGGUGGAUAUUCGGUCGGUUGUUAUUCGAGCCCACAUAUUUUGAGUAUAAAGGAACGCAUGACCAUUGGAGGAUACGGGGAUCCAGUGUCUGCAUCGACUCUGAAUGAUCUUUUCUAUACAAUCAAGCCGGUUCUUGAUCAGGCAAUUGAAAUGGAAAAUGGUUGCUUGAGUCAUUUUGAGAUUCUCACUGGAAUAGCCUUUUCAUUAUUUGCCAAGGAAAAUGUUGAUAUUGCAGUUGUAGAGGCUGGCCUAGGAGGCGCUCGGGAUGCUACAAAUAUAAUUGAAAGUUCUGAUCUUUCUGCAUCAGUCAUAACAACAAUAGGUGAAGAACAUAUGGCUGCGCUCGGGGGCUCCUUGGAAAGCAUAACAGUGGCUAAAUCAGGAAUUAUCAAACAUGGUCGUCCAGUAAUAUUAGGUGGCCCAUUUCUUCCUCAUAUCGAAGCCAUUCUACAUGAUAAAGCAGUGUCCAUGUCAUCGUCAGUUAUAUUGGCAUCUGACGUUGGAAUUAGUUCUUCAAUUAAAGGCAUCAUCAACACAAAUGGGGGAAUGCAAUGUGAUAUCAUAAUACGGAAUGAAAGAGAUGAUGAUCCAAUUAUAGAGCUUGAUGACAUAAAUCUGCGCAUGCUUGGGCAUCAUCAGCUCCAAAAUGCAGUUACUGCCACAUGUGUGGCCCUCUGCCUUCGCAAUCAGGGAUGGAGUGUGACUGAUGAAGCUAUUCGGGUUGGUUUGGAGAAUACACAUUUACUUGGGAGAUGUCAGUUUCUAACAUCCAAAGAAGCAGAGUCUAUACAGUUACCUGGAGCUACAGUGCUGCUUGAUGGAGCCCACACCCAAGAAUCGGCGAGAGCCUUGAGGGACAUGAUAAGUAUGACAUUUCCUGGCCAGAAACUGGCAUUUGUGGUUUCAAUGGCCAGCGACAAAGAUCAUUUGGGUUUUGCAAAAGAACUUCUCUCAGGUCAACGACCCGAAGCCGCAUUCCUAACAGAAGCUGACAUUGCCGGAGCCAAGACCCGAGCAACUUCCUCGUCCUCAUUGACAGAUACUUGGAUCAAAGCUGCUGAUGAACUCGGCAUUUGCAGUACUGUUCUCCUAAAUAACGAUAUGGAUUGCCUCACUACAGCAUCAAAAGGCACAGUUAUAUUGGGAGCCGAGAGUUCGUUGAAGAUUGCAUUAAGACUUGCCUAUAAGACUCUCAACGAUGGCGAGGGCAUCGUUGUAGUCACAGGCUCUCUUCAUAUCGUGUCUUCAGUGCUAGCUUCUGUCCAAACCUAGAUUUCUUGUUCUUCUGGAUACUGCAGUGUCAAGAUUUGGACAAGAUUUAUGUAACCAUAGCGAUCUUGGUUUAGCUUUCUCUGUUUUCUCUGUUUUG